AUGUCCGGCUUCGUGUUCAUCCCGAUGCACCCAUCGAACAAUGUGGCCGUGUUCUACAAGGUGACGCUUAUGAGCAUCAGCGUCGCCGGUCGGCCGCUCGACCUUCCUCCCACGGCGUUCCCGCACGGCGACUACGGCAUGACCCUCGACUCCAGCACGGUUGUCAUGGUGCUGCUAAUGGCGCCCUGGGCGCUCUUCUCUAGCUUGUACCUCGACGGAUGCUUAUCAAUCAUACCAUGCCUCGCCGAAACGCUCCGCCGUGACGAGGCUCGCUGGAACCACAUCAUCGGCACAUCCAUAGGGCACACGGCCGUGGGGUCGCCGGACAACGGCGAGGUUAUCCCGGCGGAGCUCGCCCACUCGCUGGAGUACGUCGUCACAGUUGGCUUCGGCACGCCGGCCAUCCCGCAGACCGUCGUCAUCGACAGCGGCAGCGACUUCGCCUGGGUCCAGUGCAAGCCGUGCGACUCCAGCGAGUGCGACCCCCAGAAGGACCCCCUGUUUGAUCCCCGGAAAUCCUCCACCUAUGCGCCCGUCCCCUGCGACUCCGGCGCGUGCAGGAACAUCUCGUACAACGAGGGGAACGGGUGCACGGGCGAGAAGCUGUGCGGGUUCGCACUGAGCUACGCCGACGCCUCCAACUCCACCGGCGUGUACAGCAGGGACAAGCUGACGCUGGCUCCCGGCGUCGCCGUCGAGGGCUUCCGUUUCGGCUGCGCCCACGGCCGAGGAGGCUGGGACAACAUGUCCGCCGGCCUGAUCGGGCUCGGUAACUCGCCGGAGUCCCUCGUGUCGCAGGCGGCGCCGUCCUACGGCGGCUCCUUCUCGUACUGCCUCCCGCCGACGGGGAGCUCCGCGGGGUUCCUCGCCCUCGGCAGGCCGAGCGACACGUCCGGCUUCGCGUUCACCCAGAUGCACCCGUCGGACCACGUCGCCGUGUUCUACAAGGUGACGCUCACGGGCAUCAGCGUAGCCGGCCGGCCGCUCGACGUGCCUCCCUCGGCGUUCCCGCACGGAGACUACGGCAUGAUCCUCGACUCCGGCACGGUCGUCACGGUGCUGCCAGCGGCGCCCUACGCGGCGCUGCGGACGGCAUUCCGUCGCGCCAUGGCCGCGUACCCGCCGGCGCCGCCGAUCCACCCCGCCGACACGUGCUACAACCUGACGGGCUACGGCAACGUGACGGUGCCGGGCGUGGCGCUGACGUUCCUGGGCGGCGCGACGGUGGAGCUCUACAACCCGGGGGGGAUCCUCGUGGAGGGCUGCCUGGCGUUCAGCGGGUUGAGGCCCGACAACCACGGCAACGGCGUCAUUGGCAACGUGAACCAGCGUGCGUUCGAGGUGCUGUACGAUCCAGUGCAGCUGAGCGUUGGGUUCAGAGCCGGGGCGUGCUGA